UAGGAUUUUUGGGGCAUGACGAUAAACUUUCUAAAAAUCUUCGGAAUGAAAACUAAAGACGAACCAGAAGUCCCGGGGACUCCAACGCCGCUGGCUGAGGACACUUCCUGUCAAGACGAGGUUGACGAGGUCAAUGCUGCACUUGAGAACUGGGAUGGAGAUCCAUUCGUCAAGAACGGAAAACUUUACGGUCAAGAUUAUGACAAAAUCAAGGCUAAGUGUGAGAAGUUGGGAGUAAGGUUUGUGGAUCCUUGGUUUCCGGCAACAAGCAAAUCCUUGUUCUAUACCAGCCCAGCACCUAGUUUGGAUUGGAGACGUCCUAAUGAGAUAUGUUCUGAACCUAAGAUGUUUGUUGAUGGCGCUGAUAGAUUCGAUAUAAAUCAGGGUGAGCUAGGAGACUGCUGGCUGUUGGCUGCUAUGAGUAGUUUAUCCAUGGAUCAAGAUUUAUUUCAUCAAGUUCUACCCCCGGGACAAUCCUUCGAUACAGAGGAUUAUACUGGAGCUUUCAAAUUCAGGUUCUGGCAGUACGGUUCUGGUAGUACG